AUGAGUUAUAUAAAAGAUUCCACAGCUGACCAAAAUGAAACUUGCUUUCUGAAUGAGGACUCUAAAGCACAAACUUGUUUCGAAGAUGAAGAAUCAAGCACAUGUUCUUUGGGUUGGCAGCAGCAUUUUGAUGUAGCCCUGGGAAGAAUGGUUUAUGUCAACAAAAUAACUGGGCUUAGCACAUUCGUGGCUCCUCCUAAGGACAUUCAGACUGCUUGUUCUAAAGAUCUGACAACAGUGGCUGUGGAUGUCGUUCUUGAAAAUGGGUCUCAGUACCGGUGUCAUCCUUUUAGAAGCGACCUUGUUCUUCCUUUCCUUCCUAGAGCUCAGGAAGAGAAGACUGUGGUGAGACAGGAUAACAGAGAUACCACGGAUGAUGCUGUGAGUAGCAAGGAACUUCAGUCUUUAUUCUCAGGAUGGGACAAUCCAGUAUUUGCUCGCUAUCCAGAGGUUCUUCAGCAAGUGGAUAACAAAUUUAUUGCCUGUUUAAUGAGCACCAAGACUGAAGAGAAGAGUGAAGCAGGUGGAAACCUGCUAGUAUUGGUGGACCAGCAUGCUGCCCAUGAGCGUGUUCGUUUGGAACAGCUUAUUAUUGAUUCCUAUGAGAAGCAACAGCCACAAGACUCUGGUCGGAAAAAAUUACUAUCUUCUACUAUAAUUCCACCACUAGAGAUAGCAGUGACAGAGGAGCAAAGGAGACUGUUAGGGUGUUAUCAUGAGAAUCUGGAAGAUCUGGGCCUUGAAUUUCAAUUUCCAGACAGUAGUGAUUCUCUGGUCCUUGUGGGAAAAGUACCACUCUGUUUUGUAGAAAGAGAAGCCAGUGAACUUCGAAGAGGAAGAUCUACUGUGACCAAGAGUAUUGUGGAGGAAUUUAUUCGAGAACAAGUGGAGCUACUCCAGACCACAGGAGGCAUCCAAGGGACUUUGCCACUGACUGUCCAGAAGGUAUUGGCAUCCCAAGCCUGCCAUGGGGCCAUUAAGUUUAAUGAUGGUCUGAGCCUCGAGGAGAGCCACCGCCUUAUCGAAGCUCUGUCCUGCUGCCAGCUGCCAUUCCAGUGUGCUCACGGGAGACCUUCUAUGCUGCCAUUGGCUGAUACCGACCAUUUGGAGCAGAAAAAACAGACUAAGCCCAAUCUUGCAAAGCUUCGCAGAAUGGCCCAGGCCUGGAAUCUGUUUGGAAAAGCAGAAGGAUGUGGUACCAGGCAGAGCCUGCAGGCACCCGUACCUUCCAGUGAGCCAACAUGA